UGCGCCUGCGCUCCAGGCUUCGUGCCGGGCUGGAGCGGCCGGAAACUAAGGUCGCUGGAGUGGGGUUCUGGAGAUUGGGCUGGCCGGUGGCCUUAGCGGGCUGGUUCCCGAGCUGACGAUGUCGGUGUUUCACGACGAGGUGGAGAUCGAAGACUUCGAGUACGAGGAGGAAACGGAGACGUAUUUUUAUCCCUGUCCUUGUGGGGAUAACUUCGUCAUCACCAAGGAGGAUUUGGAGAACGGGGAAGAGGUGGCCACCUGUCCCAGCUGCUCCCUGGUAAUCAAGGUGAUCUAUGACCGAGAUCAAUUUAUGUGUGGGGAAACAGUCUCUGUACCUUCGACCAGCAAAGAGUUAGUUAAAUGCUGAAGAAAGCUUUGAAAGCCUAAUUUAUACCAAAUAACCAAAGGAUGUGCCCAGGUGGAUAUUAAAUGUGAAACUGAGAACUUCUGAAUAACAAGAGGGCCUUUUUGUUUUUGCUUGCUUGCAGUGUAUUGCAAAGCAUAGCUUCUUUACAUCCAUCGCCACAUUAAUCUUGAAAAUAAAAAGCUGAAUUGACAGAGGGGACAAGCCUAGAUUUUUAUAAUUGAACUUGAGUCUUAAUUUCAGUCAUAUUUCUUCAUUUUUCAGAAUUCAGAAGAAGAAUUUCAAAGCAGCAAAUGAUCUUAUAGUGUAAUCAUUUAUAUGCCAAAACCUAUUAACUUUAUUUAUUCUUUCCAAAGUAUUACCUACCUCUGUAAUCAGUAGUUGUCACUGUUACUUGUUUUAUUGGCUUCACCAGUAGAAACUUUGUCAGUACCUGAAUUGUAAUAGUGCUGGGUGUGUACAUUGUCAUCUUGUUUUCUGUCAUAUCCUAACUUCAUUAAGUAAAAGCAAUGGAUAUGAAGAGGAAAAUAAGUGACCUCUAUCCUCAGAGGAUAAAAGUCUUCUGUGUCUUAGAUACUAGAAACAAGACUCAAUGUGAAAUCGCCAGAGACCUUGGCAUCCUCAUGUCAUGUUUUCUCAAAACCAAGAGGAGCAUUAAAAGGCAGGCAUUAGGGCUUGACGAUAAGAAUAAAGUGGUGACCAAAGGGAAGAAAAUGAAAGGCGCAGCCCCUGUGGAGUCAGGAAGCGAGCCAGUCGAUUAUUCCAAACCCGAGCCGAUGGUGUCCCUCUGUCUGAUCAUUUUCUAAAAGUCAAGACCAAUGUAAUUGUGCCCAGGAAGGUGGCUUUGUGUAUUUUGGUGCCAUUACAACAUUGUGUCCAGUGCAUGUAAAAAAGGUGAAGCAUCUCCAUUAACCAUACCCAUUACUGAAGAUCAUCUUUACAAUGUGAGUGAGGCCCAUUCUGGAUGACAGCACUAGUAAGGACACGUUCCAGGCAGGUGCCGUUCAUGUGAUUUACAGCCCAGGCAGAGCCUAGUAGCCCUAAGAGAGGAAGCUCGCUGUGGAGGGAGGGGAGAUAAGACAUGUGGGCAGUCUGCUGCAGUGAUGGUAGUAGUGAGAAGUCAGAGCCAUUUGUGGGGAAACUAGAAAAUGCACAGCUCCUGAAAGGCGUGAGUCAUCUUCCCUGUGAAUACUAAGUUAGCAAACAUGCAUUGAUGACUAAAAAGUUAUUUUGGUAUUGACUUCUGCAAUUAGAAAAAGUGGCUUGCCAGAGUAGACGUUUUGUUGCUGUUUGACGUGCUGCGUAUACCCCUAUUUAAAUGAAAACAUGUGCACGUUUCCUUUUCUGCCUGCCAGUCCUACAAGGUACAUGAAGUUAUAGGCCAAGGGAUAGUGGACUAAAGGUUGAGUAUCUGAAGCACUUAGUACAUGGAGUGCAAAGGAAUGUAGCUGUUCUAGAAAUAUGCAACUGGCAUUUGAUGUAAUGAGGAGCCCCCUUACUGCAUGGGACACAGUCUCGGGCUUGGACAGAAGGAGCGUCCACACUGACUCAGGCUAGAAUCAGCUACAAAGGGAUGGAUUAUCCAGGCGCCGGUGAUGUUUUUGUCAGUGUUGGGCACCUCUGCUAGUUGCUGUUUUCAACAACAGACACAUUGAAUGUGAAAUUUGUCACGUGUAUAAAGGAAGAAGAGAAAGAAGCUGCUUGAGCCCAUGAAUCCUGCAAGAAGAAACUCUGGGACAAUAGGAACAAUUACUGAAUCUGUGAUACAUCACAGUGCCCUCAGUGACUCUGGCCACAGCGUCAGUCAGGACUGACUGAGUAUGUUUGAGGGUCUGAACCACAGGGAAAAGUCCCUGUUCAGGGUUGUGUUUCUGACAUGUAACCAAGUUUCCAGUCACCUAAUAAUGAAUAACUCAUGCCCGUUCAUUUCUUCUUUUGACUUCUUCUGGUAGGCCCCUUGCAGCUCUUGAGCAGUAGCCAAGCUGCUGAGAGCCCAAGGGGAAUCACUGUACAGGCUUAGCUCUGCUCCCUGGCGCUUUGUGUGACCUGGAGCAUUUCUGAAGUGGGGAGUGUGCAGACCAGAUUAUCAAAGCUGGCUGGGGCCUGAAUAAGGUGAGGCCCAGGAUGAGGGUGCUCCCAUUAGGCCAUUGUGCAUCCAGAUUGGUGUGGUGGUGUGGCAGCUCCAAAGAUGGCCUUUCUCUUUUUUUGUGCAGAAAAAUGUCCCAUCUCUGGCAUGAGACAAGGCUGCAUCCUCCUUCCCAUAGUUUCCAGGAUGGUUAUUAGUGGGGAAGAAGAUGUUAUCUGUUGCCUCUGCUUUUUCCCUAUGGGUUCUUUGAGUUCUAUAAUUGGUCAAAAGGAAUAAGGAUAGUGGAGUUGGAAUAGUCUCCCCCUAACAAAGGGGAUAUUAUGGUGGAUCUUAACCUGUGAUUUCAGAUGCUAUGGGGUCAUUUGGGCUGAGGUGGACACUUCCUGCAGAGUUAUAGUUGGAGGGACCUUUUUGACUUGGUUUAGAGGUCAAAACAAAAGGUGAGAAGCAAUGACAAGGUCCGUCCAGAAUAGUAGAUGAUAUGGGCUUGUGUCGUUCCUUAUGAGAUCUGCCUGUGAAUGGCCUGGCAGUUACUAGAAGGACAGCUUUGGGCAGUGAGGAUCAAAGGCCCUCUGAUGGAUGUACUUAAAGCUUUUUCCCUUAGGUUUACACAAGGGAAAUCUGUGCUACUUUAUAUUCUGUAGGGGAGGAGAAAGGGGACUCCUCAUAUACUAUGACCCUAACAAGGGGUGGGGGGUGGGUGGUGGGUGGCAAGGCCUAAAUUAUGAAUAUAGCUGUGUAUAAAGGUGUAUAUGCAUAUAUAUUCUAUAGGAGGCAAUACCAAUUCAUCUACAUUCCCCAGAGGAAUGGCAGUUACAAAAUUCUUAAACAUCUUUAUAGAUACCCUAAGAAAGGUAAUAAAAACCACAGAAUAAAUACUUUGAAAUGAAUCACAGCAGACAUGGUUUAAUGGGCCCUGGAACACAGACCCAGGAGCCUGGUGGGCAUGGCAGAGACUGCAGAAGGGCAAAUGGCUUCCAGGGUCUGAAUUCUGGAGAGGUUUCCUGGGGUCAUUUCUAAGUGGCUGUUGGGUUUCUUCUCGUUUGAGAGCAAAGCCGGAACAGGACCGUUCAGUGACAUGGACUUUGGGAUUUAUUUCACAGGCACUGUAGUAACCGUAAGAACUCACAUUGUGUAACAUUGGAUAGUUUGCAAAGCAGUUUCCUCAACAUUUUCUUAAUAGUGUUGCUGAUGUGUUUUAUUCUUCUGUACCUGUGUCAAUAUGAGCAUCUUUGUAAAGAUAAGUGUAAGUAGACUUAGAAAUUGUAAAUCUCCAAAACAAGGUCAGAGUACUCUGCGCUUUCUAAACAGGGAUUUGGGAAAGGGCGUGGCAGUACACCAUCCAACUAAGAGACCUGGAUUUUUGUUCUAGCUUUGUGAUUAAUUGUGUGGCAUUUGGGCAGAUUUAAACCCCAUCUAAGCCUCAGACUUCUCAUCUGUGAAGUGAGCGGGUUCAUUUAGAUGCCUUCCAGAAUCCCAGCCAGGUUGUAACAAACAAUCCUUGAUUCUAUGAGUACAAAUUUAAGAUGAACAGCAUUAAUUUGUUACUCCAAACCAAACUAAACUCAAAUAUUCAUGUUCUCUUUCUUGGCAAAUUCUGCUUAUUUUCUGAAAGUGGUUUGGUUUGAGAAAUUCAAUUUUUAAAAAUUCCUUAAGUCAUUUCAGUUAACAUAAUGGAAAGUACUCAGUGACUGAGGAUGCUAGUCUCAGCAGCCAUGGAGAUAACCCCAUGACUCACAGCAUCCAGGUGAGACUGAGGAAAUUUACCCAGAAGUCUGAUUUCUUUGACCACCUUAUAAACCGAUGGGGUUUUGUUAUCCUUCUGUUCUCUGUGCCCCUGCCCAGAAGAGUAGUCUUUACUGCUCUUCAGGAAAUACUGCUUUUGCAGCUGAACUCAGUGUUCUGUGUUGUUUUUUAAAAGUUAAAUUGGAUCAGUCUCAAUAAUAACUGGCAUUUAUGCAGCACUUUAAGGUGUGGCGUAGCGUACAAAGAGCUGGCUUUGGAGAUGGGGUGAUCUGGGUUCAAGUCUCUGACACCAGUUGUGUGGCUUUGGCAAUGCCCAAGCCAAUUCCACUUUGUAAAAUAGUGGCAACUCCUCAUUGGGAGAGAAUAUGGACUUGAGUUCUGUUUGUGCUUCUUGAAUUGAGUCAUACCUAUUCACAUGGAAUCUAAUUGAGUGUCAGAAUGUUCUUUUGAAUGGAAUGAAAGUGCUUAAUGCGUCAUGUAUCAUUUUUCUUUUUAGAGUUGAAUCUUUUCAUCAACACUCAAGAUAAUCAGUACAAAUUUAAAAUGUUGUGUAUUGUAAGACCAGCUGAUGACUAUCUCCCUGUAAUUGCCUCCGUUAGGCCACUGGUCUGUUGGGUCCCUCGUAUAUGUGGUUACAUGGUGCCAGUGCUUUUCUCACUAUGACUUAACCUGUAAAACAGUUGUUAUCAUUGUCUCCACUCCAAUAUUAUACAAGACCGUAUUGUGCAAUAAAAGUGUGUGUGUCUAAAUGCAAAACA